CCACGAACUUAGCCCUGUUGGAAGUGCACUCGUUUUAAGAAUUUACAUUGCCGGGGUGGGCGGGAUUCAGGACAACGCACAAAGAACAAAUACUCACGUUCGCUGUAGAGAUUUAUGAGACGACUGGAGACACAAAUCGAGGUCACUCAAUAUGAACACUUCCUUUUAGUUGACGCCAGCGAGUGUAAAGGGACAGUAGGUACAACUAGCCGACACUACACAGCAGUAAACUGUAUAGAAGACAGCAGAAGGCCACAGCAUGCACUCUGGAUGGUCCAUUUGUCUGUCCUACAGCCAAGUACUCUGUAUAUGACUAAACUUUGAAGACAGAUGUGCAUUUAGUGAAACAUUAUCUUCAAUCCCCCCCCCCCAGUACAUCCAUGUGUAUAAUUUUCUUCAAGUUUGACCCCCGGCCUGCAUCCAAAAAUGCCUACAGGCUAAUUUUGGCUGCAAACAGAGAUGAGUUCUACAACAGGCCGUCCAAAGCUGCAGACUUCUGGGGGACCAACAGUGAGAUCCUCAGCGGCCUGGACCUGGAGUGUAGUAAGGAGGGAGGAUCAUGGCUGGGGAUCAGCAAGCGGGGCAAGCUGGCUGCAAUCACCAACUACAUGGAAGGACGUCUCAACCCUGAUGCACAAGGAAGAGGAUUUCUAGUGUCUAACUACCUAAUGGACAAGGAUCUGGACUGCUACUCAUACCUAAAGAAGGUGUCAACAGAAAGCCACCAGUACAACGGCUUCAACCUCAUCACCGCGGAGUUCAAGGCCAAACAAGACAUUAUGUGUUACUAUGGAAACAGAGGCAGCCCUGAACCCAUCCAUCUAAAAGCAGCAGGAAUCUACGGCUUGAGUAAUUCACUGCUGGAAACUCCAUGGAGGAAACUGCUGCAAGGCAAGCGUCACUUCACCAGCGUUGUCAGCGACCAGUCCCUGUCCUGCGACGGACUGGUGCAAGAGCUGCUCAACGUCCUCAACAAUGAGGAACUCAACACACCUGAUCCAGCUCAGGAGGGCCAGGGUCAUGGUUUAAGCAAGCUGGUGAUCCAGGCUCAGUCUGCAGUGUGUGUUCGCACCCCUCAUUAUGGCACAAGGACCAAUACAAUCAUCCUGGUAGACGCAGAAGGCAACGUGUCCUUCACAGAGCGCACCAUGCUCAACUGUGACACAAGCAAAUGGAGCACCAGUUCUUUCCAGUUCAAACUGCAGACGUAAAAACAAGAUGGAGGAAACCCACUCUGUGCCUUUCUGCAUUACCUUUUCCUUCCAUCACCCCCCCCCCCCCCCAUUUCCUCCUCAAGCUGCAGUUGACCAUAGCAUGUGUCAGCACAGUGAUAUGCAUCUCUUAUUCUUUAUUUAAGAUAAAAAUGCAUUUUUUUGAAAAUGUGUGCUAAUUUAACAGAUUGCCAAAGAAAAUUUCUUAUUUUGUAAAGGGAAAAUAAUUUGACCCACAUUUCACAAAACAGCAGGGUUGGGUUGCUGCUAAAAAAAGUCCAGUACAGAUCGAUGGUAACCUGCUUUAAAAUGUGUCAAGAUUAAGAUUAUUUUGAUGCAAUCUAAUUUAUUCUUUUUUAUGUCAUAUUUUUACCUAUACAUGUUGUGGAGUGAACAUACACUUUUUGCAAAAUUUUCAAACUGCAAUUAUAAAUUGUUUUUUCAGUUUCACACAAUGGGAAAACAUUGAGUCACCAGUAUUUUUCUAGAGAACCUGUAAUCUGAUUUAAAUUUAAAGUUACUGAAGUACAUUAGAGCUACCAUCUACUUUUUCAAUUUCGGAUUGCUAUAACUGGUAAUUCAUUAGUUCCAUCCCAACCCUGCACAACAGUAGCCUGGAUGUUGGUUACAACAGAUGUUGAAUGCAAAGCGUUUCAGGCUCUGGAUCUCUGCAGCUCCCACAGCUUCUUGACAAUAAAA